AUGCAUUCUAUCUUCUUACAAAUGAUUCUCUUGAUUACCAUCAUGCAUUCUAUCUUCUUACAAAUGAUUCUCUUGAUUACCAUCAUUUCUAUCUUCUUACAAAUGAUUCCUUUUACCAUCCAUUUCGAUCUUCUUACCACUGUUCAUUACAUCAUGUUCCUCUAUUCUCUCCUCUUACAAACCUUUCUUUCGAUUGUCAUCAUGUAUUCUCUCCUCUUACAACCUUUUUUUCGAUUGUCAUCAUGUAUUCUCUCCUCUUACAAACCUUUCUUUCGAUUGUCAUCAUGUAUUCUCUCCUCUUACAAACCUUUCUUUCGAUUGUCAUCAUGCAUUCCCUCCUCUUACAAACCUUUCUUUCGAUUGUCAUCAUGUAUUCUCUCCUCUUACAAACCUUUCUUUCGAUUGUCAUCAUGUAUUCUCUCCUCUUACAAACCUUUCUUUCGAUUGUCAUCAUGCAUUCCCUCCUCUUACAAACCUUUCUUUCGAUUGUCAUCAUGCAUUCCCUCCUCUUACAAACCUUUCUUUCGAUUGUCAUCAUGUAUUCUCUCCUCUUACAAACCUUUCUUUCGAUUGUCAUCAUGCAUUCUCUCCUCUUACAAACCUUUCUUUCGAUUGUCAUCAUGUAUUCUCUCUUCUUACAACCCUCUCUCUCGUUUAUCAUUAUCCAUUCUCUCUUCUUACGUCUGUUUCCCUCGAUUACCAAAUUGA